GAAAGCGUUGACACCAAGAUGCCAAAGUUUGACUUCCCUUUCUCUCUCUCUCUUUCUGCUUCAUCGAUCUUUCCUCCUUCUGCUUCAUUAUGAAACCCCCAUUUCUCUAUACAGCAUUUAUGGUCUAUCCAGCCGCAUCUUCGUAUUUUAUACUACUAAUAUACUAAAGUCAAAUAUCUCUGUAUAUUAGUAUUUGUUAAUAAAUUUAUCUGUAUGGCCUUUAUAUACAAAAUAACACUUUUAUUUAUUCAACUCUUAGAGAGAAGUAGAAGAAAAAGGAAAGAAAUGAUGAAGAAGAAAAGUGAAGUGAUGAUCUUCUUCUUCUUCACUCUAGUAUUGCUUCUAAGCAUGGCUUCACGUGUUAUUUCAAGAGAAGAUGGUUUUGCUCCUCCUAAACCAUCUCCCUCCGCACAUGAGAAAGCAAGAAACAGUAAAGGUGAUGGAGAUGGAGUACUAGAGUGCAAGAAUUCAGACAGUGAAGAAGAAUGUCUUGUGAAGAAAGCCGUAGCUGCUCACACCGAUUACAUCUAUACACAAGACUUAAACCUAUCUCCUUGAAACAAGAACUAUUACUAUUUGUCUCUUAUUUAACAAACUAUAAACGUAAGCAAGGUCUCCCUGACCAUGUGUUUUAUGACUUCAUCAUGUUCUUUUAUCCUAAGCUUCGUUUAGUUUCUGUUAA